UGGUAGUGUUUAAGUGUGUGUGUGUAUGUAUGUAUGUGUCUCUUAUAUUACUGUUAUUUCUUAAAGACACUAUGAAUUCUAUGCUAAAAUGUACUUGCUAAGCAACAAAUGUUUAUUACAUAACCAUUAAAAGCGAGAGAGAGAGAGAGGGGCAAUCAUAGUUACACAUUAACUGCUCAUUAGUCAAAUAUCGUUCUCCAUUUCUUCGCCAUUAAUUAUUUCCAUUUAUUUAUUAAUUAAUUAAUUAUUAUUAUUACUAAAGACAAACAAUUCUGUCUCUAAAAGAGGAAAAAAAGUAUCAAGCAGACAAACAAAUAAACAUGAUGAAUGAAUUGGACUCAAAUGUUAUUGAACAAGCACGUUUAUUAUUCAGUCAUUGUGAUACUGAUAAUUGUGGUUAUUUAACACGUCAAGCAUUGAAUCGUCUUAAUGAUCGUUUACCAUUAACUAGUGCACAACUGGAUUUUGUAUUCAAUCUAUUAGAUAAGGAUAAAAAUGGCCAGCUGACAUUAGAUGAAUUUGUUCAAGGAUUUGGUCAUUUUCUGGUUGACAAGGCGGCAAAUAACUUCUUGUUAGAUGAAGAAAUCGAUGAACAGUACAAUCAGAUUAUAUCAUCUUUGGAUCCUGAGGAUGUAUUGAAAAGUUAUGAACAAGUAAAACAUAUAUGGAAAUAUAUGAAAUUAGCUAAUUCGCACUUGUUACCAGAAUUUGAAGAUAUGCUGAGAGCAAUUAUGCAGGAGAUUACUCAUGCUAAAGUAGAAUAUGAAAAUAUGGAACGUAUGAUACAAGCUAAAAUAAUAAAGCAAGAUGAAGAAUUGCAUCAUUUAGUUGAAGAACUUGAACAACAAGUUAAUCAAGAGAAAGAACAGUUAAAGCAGAAAGAAGAGUUAAAAGAAAGAGAAUUACGCGAAGAAUUAAACAAUAAAGUACAAGAGAAGGAGAAACUAUUGAAUGACCUUGUACAACAGUAUGAAAAGGCUUCUUGCAAAGUAGAAGAACUUCAGAAAACUCGAAUGACUAUAGCUCAAGAAAAAGAGAAAUUAUUACAAGAGAAGGAAGACUUACAGCGCAAAUUAGAAGAAUCACAAGAAAUGUUGAAUGACUGUAAAGUAUAUAUUGAUACGUUACAGAAAAAAGCUCGUGAAGAACGUCGACGUAGAGCAAAAGCGGCAAUUGAACUCAGUGAAGGCAUAGCCUUGGAGCGUGAAACGUUGGUAAGACAACUGGACAUGUUAAGGACUAUUAAUCAAAAGUUGGUUGAUGAACAAGAAUUGAAAGCACAGACUAUCUAUAGUGUCAAGGAAAUUUCAUCAAAUGACUUAAGAGAUUUCAGUAAUAAACCACGUUCAGUCGAUUUGACUGAUACAAAGAUUUCAGGGACAGCAAUGAAAGAUAUGUCUACCUUACCGCAUUUAUUGCGUAGUUCAACAGAUUUGGAUCCUACACACUUUGAAAUGAUGUCGAAUGCUAGAAGAGGCUCUACAAUGAGUAAUUACUUUUCACCUGUAAUAACUCAUGAUGAUAAUACACGUGAUGGAGACCUUGGACAUAUCGAUGAAACAGAAGAAUACGAAGAGGUUUUCAAACAAUAUCCUAAUAAUAUGUUGGGUUCACAUUCUCGAAGAUCAUCACAGAAAACAACAAGACCAUUUAUCAAUGAAUCAAGUGGAGUACAUUUGACAUCACAUGAGAGAAGAGUCUCACCAGAAGGAGCAUCAUAUAUGAGUUCAAAUGUUGACUCAACUACUAAUGGAUCAUUUGCUGAACGUGUCUAUAAGGUUAUAUUUGUUGGUGAUUCAGGUGUUGGUAAAUCAAGCAUUAUACGUAAAUUUGUCUCUGGUGUAUUUGAUUUAAAUCUUCCAUUAACUGUGGCAAUCGAUUUUCAUGUGAAAUUUAUGCAUUGUGAUGGGACUAACUUAUACUUACAGCUAUGGGAUACAGCCGGUCAAGAGAAAUUUCGAAGCAUAACACGACAAUACUACCGUAAAUCAGAUGGUGUAAUCAUUGUUUUCGAUGCCACGAAUGAAUCAAGCUUUCUGGCUGUUCGAUCAUGGCUGCAGUCUGUAACUGAAGAGACAGAUGAGAAUACAGUGAUUGUAAUUUUAGAGAAUAAAUCUGAUCUCCUAGAAGAAAAUGAUUCAAAACGUUGUGUACCAAAAGCAACAAUUGAUAAAAUCGUUCGUGCAUAUAACACAAUGUGCUUUGAAGUCAGCGCAAAAACUGGGCAAAAUAUUGAAGAAGCAUUUACUGUUUUGGCAAGAAAACUCAAAGAAAAAGAGGUCUAUGAACUUCAAACACUUCACAAUUUGAAAAGUGAAGCAAGUACAAAGAAAAAUACAUGCUGUCGAUAA